UAAGCAGAUGUUUCCUAUUGCUGUGUUGUCUUCUAAUAUCGUCAUAUGCGACAGUAUCAUUUAAUGGGACUGUGAAGAAUGGCAGCAAAGGAGGAUCUUUACUCUAAGAAUAUUCCGCGCAGACUUCGGCAGAACAGUUGUGCCAAAUAUGGGUCCAAUCUGGACGCGUUGCUGUCGAUGGGAUUUCCUCAAAACAGAGCAUCGAAAGCUCUUGCAUCAACCGGAGGCAGAAGUGUUCAGCUAGCAUGCGACUGGAUUUUCUCCCAUUUGGAUGACCCUUUCCUUGACGACCCUUUACCUAGAGAGUAUGUGCUGUAUCUGCGCCCCAGUGGCCCUUUACAGAACCAACUUUCUCAUUUCUGGCAGGAGUCUCGCUUGAACUGUGUCAAGAACAAAGCUCACAACAUCUUUCCACACAUCACACUCUGUCAGUUCUUUAUGUGUCCAGACAAUAAAGUGGGGGCUCUGUGUGAAGCUCUGCAGUCGGCUGUGAAUCAGUGGAGAGGACGAUUCCCCAGCCGUCUUCCUCUGGAGCUCUACACCUCCACAAAAUUCAUAGGCCUCUUUGUGGAGGAACAGGUGGCAGAGAUGCUGAAGAAGUUUGUGGCUGACUUUGCGGCUGAGGCUGCCACUAAAGCUGAUGUUCAUGUGGAUCCCCAUAAAAAGCAGCUUCAUUUGACUCUGGCCUAUCACUUUCCAACCAAUAAUUUUUCUUUCUUGGACAAAUUGGCAAAAGGGAUUGAGGUCAAAUUAGGAUGUGAUUGGCUUGCUGCUGUCUUCUCAAGGGAUAUAAGAUAUGCAAAUCAUGAGACUUUGCGGGUGAUGUACCCCUACACUCCCCAGAACGAUGAUGAGCUGGAGCUUGUGCAAGGAGACUUUAUCUUUUCAUCUACCGUGGAACAAAUGAGCACUAGUGAGGGAUGGGUGUAUGGCACCUCUCUGGGUACAGGCAUCUCUGGACUGCUGCCUGAGAAUUAUGUCAGCCUUGCUGAGGAGUCUGACACAUGGAUCUUCCAUGGGUCACACUCCUUCUUUUGUACCUCUCCAGAGAGCAAACCAUUGGAUGGGCUGCGCAACAUUCAUUGCUUGGAUAACUUAAAGCUGGAGGAUUCUGCCAUCUUGAGUGUUAUUUGCCAACCUAUGCAGAUGCUUCAGUCCAAUAUCCUGACUCAGCUUCCUAAAAGGACCUUGUUUGUAUGUCGUCAUGGAGAGAGGAUGGAUGUUGUGUUUGGAAAACACUGGUUCUCACAGUGUUUGGACUCUAAAGGUAGGUAUGUGAGGAGUAACUUAAAUAUGCCUGCUGAACUACCUGCUUGGGAUGGAGUACAGAGGGACUAUGAAAUUGAUGUUCCUAUCACAGUGGCUGGAUCUACACAGGCCAGGAUAGUGGGUGAGGCUCUGCUGGAAAGUAAUACCACUAUUGAUUUUGUGUACUGCUCACCCAGCCUCCGCUGUGUCCAGACAGCUAAUGAAAUCAUCAAAGGAAUUCAGCAGGAUGGAAGAAUCAGCAUUCGAGUGGAGCCUGGGCUUUUUGAGUGGACUAAAUGGGUGCCAGGAGCAACUUUGCCUGCUUGGAUACCUCCCACAGAUCUUGUUGCGGCCAAACUCAACGUAGACACAACAUACAGACCUCACAUCCCCAUUUGCAAACUAACUGUCUCAGAGACGUAUGACAUGUACAUUAGUCGGAGUUACCAGGUGACCAAAGACAUUUUGGCGUACUGCAAAAAUAAAGGAAACAACAUUCUGUUUGUGGGACAUGCUUCUUCAUUGGAGGCCUGCACUCGCCAGAUCCAGGGCCUUUCUCCGCAGAAUCCUAAAGAUUUUGUGCAAGUAGUCCGAAAGAUUCCUUACUUGGGUCUCUGUGCCUGUGAAGAGCAGGGGGAUACAGAAGUCUGGCAGUUGGUUGACCCACCAAUUCUUCCUCUCACGCAUGGGCCCAACCACAGCUUCAGCUGGAGAGAAACCUUACAGCAAGAAUGACCAUAUCUGCAUGGUCUGUCCACAAUAGACUGUUAAUUGCACUGGAAGCACACAACUGAACGUCUUUUUAAAUUGAUCUUAUUUUUCCCAUUCAUACGUUAUGCAAAUUAGAUAUUGAUCUGGGAAGUGGCAGAAUUUUUGUUUGUAGGUGGACUAAGGAGGCCGCAUGAUUAAUAAACAAAUGUGGUUGUGUUUACUGAGCCUUGAAGCAGGCUUUCUCAGGGCAUUGGCUAUCACUUUUAACAGGUGAAAAUGCGCAGUGGCAUAAUGUAACAUUUACCGUGAAUAUGACAUUGCUUCCUACCAUGCAUAUAUAUGUACAUCUUUGCAAUGAGAUGUUUUAAGAGCUCUAUUUUAAAUGCUGCCAUUUUCAGUAUUCUCUUUCAAACUUAAAUUGAAUACAUAAAGUAUUAUAAGAAAAGGUACAUAAAAGUAUUGUUAAAAGAAUUUCAAAUAUGUAAUAUUUUACAGAAUGUUGACAAUCAGAAGAAUUAAUAAUACUUUGUUACAUUGUUUAAAUGACUGCCUCAAAACUAAAUUAACUUUAGGAAGAAAUAAAAUUGAAUAUGUGAAAUGCGGAUGUAAUUAAUGCAUAUAAAAAAUUAUUAAGAAAUUAAAAUACUUUGAAAUGCACUGUUUGAAUUAGGGUCAACAUAGGGAACUAGGGUUUUUUCUUCUUCUACAUGAACACCUGGAUCAUGUGCACCUUUACAUACUAUAUCUUUGAAAAUGUACAAUAGAUUAUUACUAUGA